GAGCAUUGCAAAGAAACAUUCAAAACAACUGUGCUCGUGAUUGCGACAACAUCGGCAUUGAACAUUGUAACGCUGUUUUUCACCAAAUGAGAAAGAAAAACGAAAUUCGAUAGAUUAAAUAUUUGAAUGCCUGAAUUCAACAUUCGCAACUAUGCUUAUCUGUUUGGGCCGCAGUGCAAUUCAAAGAUUAUUAGAAGUGUCUAUCUUCCUCAUACUCAUCUAGGUGGAGCGUUAUCGUUUAGUAUCAGCAAGUUAUAGAGUAUAUAGUCGAAUAUCCACGUUGUUGAAGGUUUCCAGGAUAUUCCCCAAAAUCAAUCUACGGAGCAGUUGACGGCAGUGCCUGAGUCGUUCAAACGAUCCCUUGUUUCCUUUUAUGGGUUGUCGCAUUUCAUCCUCAAGCAAUGAAAAUAAAUCCUUAUCGAACAACGAGAUGCCGAACAGGACAACCGACGAACAACCCACGGUCGAUUACAAAGCUCGUUUAGAGCGAAAACAGUGCCUGGCGAAGGAGACACCGGAACCAAUCUAUGAUCUGGCAGACUGCAAUCUGAAAGAUGUGCCAUCGGGGGUGUUUAUCAUGUGUAAGGUGCUGCGGAAGGAAAUACUCUCGCUCGUUAACAACAAACUGACGUCAGUCAGCGGCGGUGGAGCAUUAGGAGAUUUGCAUCUGUUGGUGACGCUGAAUUUGUCGAACAAUCGGUUUAAGAAACUGCCGGACGAAAUCUACAGGUUGGAAAAUCUCAGGGAAUUUUUCGCAUCGAACAACAACUUGGAGAAACUACCAGUAACAAUCAACCGACUAAAGAAACUGGAACUGCUCGAUGUAUCCGUGAACAAUCUGACCACCCUCGAACAGGUAUCGUUCAUGCCUGUACUUAGGAUACUCAACAUUUGCGGUAAUGUUCGUCUAGACAAACUGCCUAAUCAACUGGCAACAUGUGAUAAUCUAGUAGAUAUAGUUCUUGACCCAAGUACCGUUUCGGAUCCUCCGGCCGACGUAGUUGCCGGUGGUACCCAUGCAAUCAUAAAAUAUCUCUCGACCGGAGAAAUUAUUCAUCAGCCCCCAGCAUCAAAGGACGAAAACGAUCCAUACUCUCGCAACAAAAACAGCACAAUCAACUUCAUUGCCAGCGAACGGGACGAGUUGCGCCAAGCGGAAUUGGCUCGUGAGAAGCACGAAAAGGAAAGAAAAUUGUUGGAAAGUGAACGAAUGGCAUACGAAAAGGAUUACCUUGCUGAAAGCAAAUUGCAUGAAAAGCAACAGCGCAAGAAACAUGAGUUACUGCAACAACUGCUUCAGCAACAGAAUCAAAACGAUAAUAAAGUGAAUAGACUACAAGAGGAAAAGCAAUCUGAAAGGCAACGAUUAAUCAAUGACAUUCUUAAAGAUGAACAACACUCCAGUGAAUUAGUAAACAAUCUUCUAACUCUGAAGAACGGUCCCGACCCUGUGUUCCUCGAACGAGAAAAGGAAGAUCAAGAGCGUCUGAUCGAACAGUUACGCAUCCAACGGAAUGAUUUUCGUAAGCAGGAAAUUCUGACGGCUAUGACCGAUCUGCUUGAGAACGAAAUCAAUGUCAUUCAGAAUUUUCACAAUCAACGUGACCAAUCAUCCCGCAAUAUUCUGGAGCGGGAAUACGAGACCAAUAACCUGCUUAAUAAUGUCUUCUUGAACUACGAUCGAAACCGGCAGGACAUUAUCGACCAAGUAAACUGUGAUGAAGAAAUACAGAAAUCAGCUGUAGCCGCUUUGAUUGCUAAAAACGAUUCGCGCACGUGGGGUCUAGUGGAACAGGUGAGAAUAGUUGAAUCGCAACUAGCAACCCUGACUACUUAUGAGAUCGAACGAAAGAAAUCCAACCAGGAUGACCAAAUCAAUAAUCUAGCAGAGCAAAGGAUGAACUUAACGUACGUACUGAUGGAUUUGCUCAAACAACAGGACCAAAGAAAGCAACAGCUUCUUGAUACGCUCAAAAUAAUCGAACGGCAAAAGGAAGGCGAACAAACCGACUUCUGGCUAAUGCAAUACCAAAAACUUCUGGAUCACCAACCUUCGGAGAUUACUAAUGAUACAGCUUCGGUUGAUCCCAUUCUCGGCUAUCAAUUUCUGGAAAACGGAGUCGUUCACUGUUUACCGUUCCUGUCUAAGAUCUGGCAAAAUAAAGACAAGGAACUGGCCAGCAUAGGCGAGCAGGACCUAAUAGAGGCUGGCGUUAUGAAUGCCACGGAUCGUGCUGCCAUUUUAGCAUCAAUCAGCAAUUAUUAUGAUUACCUAAACCGUACGAUAGAAUAUCCCGAGGCUGAACUUAGCCCACCAACAACGACACCCACUGCACCUGAUGAAGAGGUUGAACUUGAACCGGAAGCUACUAGCUCUUCACCGGAAGACCAAUCAGCGGCAGGUGGGGCGGUACAGUUCUCGGAAUGUGUUGUAUGCCUGGAGGAAAUGGUACAAGUAAUAUUCCUUCCAUGUGGCCAUAUGUGCUGUUGUGCCAGGUGCCACGACAACAUACACGACUGUCCGCUGUGCCGAGCGUACAUUGAAAGAAAGAUUAAAGUUAUACAGCCAUAGACAGGCAUCACGGAUCGUAAAAGAAUUCAGCAAUAAACAAACAUAAAACAAACUAGAUAUCAGCGCUUGGAAAUAAGUUAAAUCAAAUCUACAGCUAGUGGUGUUUGACGCAACAACACACAAUCGUAUCAUACAAAUAUUCAUUCCCAGCGUGAGCAAUUUUUCCCAUAUCUUUAAUAAAUACUAGUCAAAUUUUGUCGCACGUUUCGUAUUAAAAACUACAUUUCAAACUUUUUGUCAGUGUUGAUAUCGUUAAGUGACAUUUGUCGAUUUAAAAUCAAAAAAACACUGUUAGAGCAAAUAAUCAUUUUAUUAAACUGAUUAUAAAAGAAGCUCAGUUGGUUACUGUUAAACCAAAAAAUCUGUUGAAAGUUAGCUUUAAACUCUUUUUAGUGUAUCACAGCUCUGAUCAAGAUUUAGAGAAACUUUAUUCGGUAUACUCACAACAAAGACAGAGUGCGCAUGAGAAGGAAUUAACCACAAUUAUACAUUUUAUAUAGUGCCUUUUCCUGAGAAAAGGAAAUUCGAUGCAAGGCAUGAUACACUGGCAUUGCAUAGCGAGAAGGAUAUUCUUAGCAAAUCUGUAGCAAUACUAUUCAAAAAAACACAUCAUUAAAUUGUGAAACUCCUCCCAAAAAAAGUCAUUAUAGGUUUAAAAGGAUAACCUUUUUAUUGGAAAGCCAAAUAACUUCUGUUGUUGAAGCCUAAUAAAUAAUAACAUUCUUACACUCA